GGUUGCAGCGGCUCCUUUUCGUUGCCUAGACCAGAAGAAAGCCAGGACGUAACGGUGCCGGGGGGGUUUUGCUUGCUGGAGGCCCGUGUAACCACCGAUAAAUACAGCUUUCUCACAGUUUCUUCGUCGUUCAAGAGGCGAUCGUGACUUAGCUUACUUUUUUCACCUUAAAACUAAUUUCACAAACAUGUCCUGGCAAAGCUACGUGGACAACCUGAUGGCCGAUGGCAGCUGCCAGGACGCGGCCAUUGUUGGGUAUGCGGACGCCAAAUAUGUCUGGGCAUCUUUUGUCGGCGGUACCUUUGCCAACAUAACGCUUGAAGAAAUUGAUGUGUUAGUAGGAAAGGACCGAGAGGGAUUCUUCACCAGUGGGCUGACCUUGGGCAAUAAAAAGUGCUCCGUAAUCAGAGACAGCCUCCAAAUUGACAACGACUGGACAAUGGACAUCCGAACAAAGAGUCAAGGAGGAGAGCCCACAUACAAUGUUUCUGUAGGCAGAGCAGCCAAAGCAUUGGUUAUUGUCAUGGGGAAGGAAGGUGUCCAUGGAGGGCAGCUCAACAAGAAAGCAUUUCAGAUGUCUGAGUACCUGAGGAAGUCCGGAUACUAAAGCAGCCUGUACCCAGCUACCUAGCAGCUCACCCUUACCACCCUGUUGCAUUUCACACUACUUCCAGUCCUAGUUUGUAGUUUUUGUUUUUCUGCCUUCUCUUCUCCCCAUUUGUUAUCUGUCUUUGCUGUGUGGGUUUUUUCUUUUUCUUUUUUU